GUCAUCCUGUUAUAACGCCAAUCGACGAUAUUAUGAAAAAAAUCGAGAACGCAUUCUCCAGCUUAGGAGAGCUUCUCGCAUUGAGGCUCGCGCUCGCUUGGAAUAUCUUGAAAGAAUCCAAAUCUCUUGCUUCCAAACCCACUGUCCUCCUCAACUUCCUUCUAUUUAUGACCUUUUGAAUUUCGAAUACUCUCAACAUGAAAAGAUGCUGGCAUCAAGACCUGAAGAAAAACUUCGAUAA